AUGGACAUGUUCAACUUACUGUCUCGUGGUGCGUCCAUAAACCGCCGCGGGAAAGAUGCAAAGACUUUUGAUGUAUUGAUGGGAAAAAGUGCAACUAGUAAUAUUGCUGAAGAAAAGAAGAAGAAGGCUGAUCUAGCUCGAACACUCGACUUUUUCAAUGAAACACCAGUCCAAGAAGUUCAAGAUAAAAGGGAAAAUGAUGAAAAUGAUGAUGAAAAUAAUGAUGAUGAUAGUGAUGAUGAUGACAGUGACAGUGACUCUGAAGAUAAAAAGGCACCGCUGGUCAUUUCAACAAAACAACAAGCCGAAGAACAACGACAACGUCUUGAUACCAAGGUCAGAGGUGAUGACCUUCCAUUACCCAUUGGCUCUUUCCAAGAUCUAAGAACUCGUUUUAAUUUGCAUAAACAUCUGCUGCGAAAUCUCGAGCGCCAAAACUUCCAGCGGCCCACUCCAAUCCAAGCAGAAGCCAUGCCCAUUUUGUUGCACGGUAGAGAUCUUGUGGCCUGUGCACCCACCGGUUCAGGAAAAACGCUGGCGUUUGCCGUGCCAAUCGUACAAGCUUUGAAACAGCACGAAGGUGGUGGAAUCCGAUGUCUGGUAGUGACUCCGACCAAGGAACUGGCAACCCAGAUUUAUGGACAGUUUGUCAAGCUGUCACAAGGCCGCGACUUGCACAUUUGUGUUCUUAACAAGUCGCAAGCUGCCAAGUUUGCCAACGAAACAAAUAAACGCAAAUUCGACAUUAUGAUUUCAACACCGCUGCGGCUGCUUGCGUUGACGAACCAGGGAAAGUUGGACCUGAGCCGCGUGAAACACGUGGUACUGGAUGAAGUCGACAAGCUCUUUGAGCAAGGAUUUAUUCAACAGACUGAUAGCAUUUUGGAGCAGUGCACUGCACCAGACGUACAACGGGCCAUGUUUUCUGCCACUAUUCCUUCCGGCGUUGAGGAAAUUGCAGGUAACAUUAUGGUAAGCCCUGUACGGGUAAUUGUUGGUAAAAAGGAAGGUGCCAAUACCCAAAUUGAGCAGCGCAUUGUGUACACCGGAUCUGAGCAUGGUAAGCUGAUUGAGAUGCGACGGAUGUUACAAGAGGGAGAGCUAGAACCACCUGUGAUUGUAUUUUUGCAAUCUGUUGCACGUGCAAAGGCUCUUUAUCAUGAACUGAUUUACGACGGUGUUAACGUUGAUGUGAUUCAUGGUGAGCGUACCCAGCGACAGCGUGACCGGGUAAUUGAACGGUUCAAGAAUGGUGACAUUUGGGUGCUUAUUUGUACAGACGUACUUGCUCGUGGUAUUGAUUUCCGUGGCGUUAGUCUGGUUAUAAACUACGAUGUGCCUGAGAGCGCACAAGCCUACGUGCACCGAAUUGGCCGUACGGGUCGUGCUGGCCGUACAGGUAAGGCCAUUACGUUCUACACCAAGGAAGAUGCUGUGGGAAUUAAGGCAGUAGUUAAUGUAAUGAAGCAGAGUGGCAGCGAUGUUCCUGAAUGGAUGCUUUCGAUGCGCAAGGCGACUAAUGAUGAGAAGAAACGGCUUCGGUUUAAGCCAGUGGAACGAGAUGAAAUUUCAACAGUGGCCAAGCGCAAGCGGGACAAUGAAAAAGAUAAGAAGAAGAAUAAGAAGAAGAAAAGUGAUGGAAAGGAUGGAAAGGAUGGAAAUAAUGACAAUGAUGGUACUGAUGAAACCAUGAAAAAGAAAAGAACUGGUGAGAAGUCUAAAGAAAGUGAAAAAUAA